AUGGCACCCCCGAAGGAGCGCCAAAUAAGUCUAGACGGAGAUAACGAACGGGAAACGAGCAGUUUACGUUCUCCCAGCGUCUCGGGAGACGAGGAUGACGACGGUGUUGAAAUUUCAGAACGACCGCCGAAGCGACGUCGCUUAUCAGACUCCGAAACCUCGGGCGAUGAUUCUUUCACACCUGCACGCCCUCUUCCGGCCCUAUCCCGCAUAAAGAGACGUACCGACGUGGCCGGUGCUAAACAAGAAAAGCCCAACUUGAAGCCAUUGGACCCCGUUACUGCGAAAGAUGCGUUCGAUCUGGGUCUUCAAUCCGCCGAUUCCUCCUUCACUUCACUAGGCCUUGCGCCUUGGCUAGUUGGCUCACUCUCCGCAAUGGCGAUUAGGCGACCUACGGCGAUUCAGAAAGCGUGCAUUCCGGAGAUCCUGAAGGGGAGGGACUGUAUUGGUGGAAGUCGAACGGGUUCCGGGAAGACGGUAGCGUUUGCUGCGCCGAUACUGCAUCGAUGGAGUGAAGAUCCGUUUGGUAUAUUUGCGGUUGUGCUUACGCCUACGAGAGAGCUGGCACUCCAGAUUUUUGAGCAGUUUAAAGCUAUUUCUGCGCCGCAGUCGCUUAAGCCCGUGCUGAUUACUGGAGGCAGCGAAAUGCGUCCCCAAGCCAUUGCGCUCUCAACGAGACCUCAUGUCGUGAUCGCGACGCCAGGUCGCCUUGCAGACCACAUAAAAACGUCUGGAGAGGACACGAUAUUUGGGCUUAGCCGCGUACGAAUGGUCGUCUUUGACGAGGCGGAUCGACUAUUAGCCAGCGGUCCAGGAAGCAUGGUUCCCGACGUGGAAACUUGCCUUUCAGCACUCCCACCAUCAACGUCGCGCCAAACCCUACUCUUCACAGCCACCCUUACCCCAGAGGUCCGCGCUCUGAAAUCUAUGCCACGGCCAAAAGAUCGGCCGCCGGUUUUCAUUACCGAAAUCUCAACCGAAAACAACGCUACUAUUCCACCGACCCUAAAGCAAUGCUAUCUCCAAGUACCCAUGACUCACCGCGAGGCAUUCCUCCACGUUCUCUUAUCCACGGAGGAAAACGGCUCGAAACCGGCUAUUAUUUUUUGCAACCGAACGAAAACUGCAGACCUGCUAGACCGCUUAUUACGCCGUCUAGGUCACCGGGUGACCUCCCUACAUAGCUUACUACCCCAAUCGGAGCGCACUUCUAAUCUUGCCCGGUUUCGUGCCUCAGCGGCAAGGCUUCUUGUUGCCACCGAUGUGGCCGCUCGUGGCUUAGACAUCCCAUCCGUUAGCCUAGUGGUCAAUUUUGAUGUUCCCCGCAAUCCUGAUGAUUAUAUUCAUCGAGUUGGUCGAACGGCUCGUGCAGGGCGAGAAGGUGAAGCAGUCACGCUGGUCGGCCAACGAGAUGUACAGCUAGUUCUGGCUAUUGAGGCAAGGGUUGGGAGGCAAAUGGUCGUUUGGGAAGAAGAAGGCGUGAGUAUUGAAGGAAGGAUAGUGAGAGGGAACGUUCUAAAGGAGGUUGGUGGAGCGAAGCGGGAAGCCGUUGGAGAGAUUGAAGAAGGAAGAGAUGUACUUGGUCGUAGGAUGAGGAAGCUGAAAAAGGCUCGCUGA